AUGGCCGACCACCACGAUGAUGAGCUCGCUUCCACCGCCACCGAGGGUUUCAAGGUCGGAGAGAAGAAGACCCUUGAUGAGUACAACCAGCUCGACAAGGACGAUGAAGCUAUGAACCGCUGGAAGGCCUCUUUGGGUCUCAACUCCGGUGAACCCAUCGCCGAUCCUAAUGACCCUCGCAAGUGCAUUAUCAAGUCCCUGGCUCUGCAAGUCGAUGGGCGUGAGGAUGUUGUUAUCGACCUGUCCUCCCCCGGCUCUGUUGACAGCCUGAAGGAUAAGCCUUUCAAGAUCAAGGAGGGCUCCAAGUUCCACAUCAAGGUUACCUUCCAGGUCCACCAUGAAGUUCUGAGUGGCCUCAAGUACUUGCAGGUCGUCAAGCGUAAGGGAAUUCGUGUCAGCAAGGAUGAGGAGAUGUUGGGCAGCUACGCACCCAACACUACCUCCAAGGUUGACUACUCUAAGGAGUUCAACGAGGAGGAGGCCCCGUCUGGCAUGAUUGCCCGUGGCCACUACAACGCCGUCUCGAAGUUCAUUGAUGAUGACCAGCAAACUCAUCUGCUGUUCGAGUGGUCCUUUGACAUUGCUAAGGACUGGUAA